AGCGGUUAUCCCGCCUCGCUAUCAGGACCCCAGCCAGGCAAGAUGGCGGCGGCCAACCAAAUCGCCGGGGAGUUUGAAAACUGGCUGAACGAGCGGCUGGACUCCCUCGAAGUAGACCGAGAAGUUUACGGAGCAUAUAUACUCGGAGUGCUCCAGGAAGAGGAAAAUGAUGAAGAGCAAAAAGAUGCUCUUCGGGACAUUCUCUCCGCUUUUCUGGAUGAAGACUCGCUUGAGGAGGUUUGCCAGCAGAUCCUAAAACAGUGGACUGAGUGUGGCAGCAGAUCUGCAGUCAAGGGAACUCAUGAUGAGGUUCAGGCGAUUGCCAGUUUGAUAGAGAAGCAGGCCCAGAUUGUGGUCAAACAGAAGGAGGUGUCCGAGGAGGCCAAGAAGAGGAAAGAGGUUCUGCUGGCACAGUAUGCUCAUGUCACAGAUGAGGAGGAUGAAGAUGAUGAGGAAGAACAAGCCGCAGUAGGGAUACCCAGUGAAAAAUCCAUGUUCAGAAACACCAAUGUUGAGGAAGUUUUGAACCGCCGCAAACAGCAGCGUGACCAGGCCAGAGAGGACGCGCAGAAGAAGAAAGAACAAGACAAGAUGCAACGAGAGAAAGACAAACUAGCCAAGCAGGAGCGCAAAGACAAAGAAAAGAAACGCACACAGAAGGGAGAGCGCAAGAGAUAGAGAGAAAACACAGAGCACGAAAACUUUUGUAGACUAUACAAUACCAAGGUCAUUUACCACAAUGAUAUCUCAGCAAACAAUGUCCCAACUAACAAUGUAUGCAUCCAUAUCACGUUUUGGGUCUGAUAUUGCUUAUGGAAUGAUAAUGUUGGGCCUAUUUAGCUGUUUUCUUGGCUUGUACAAAUCAAAAACCAGCAAACUGAGUGAGAAUUGUCACGACAUAUUCAUUUAUUACCGGUGAUGACUGUCGUGCUACUUAUUUAAGGGUAAAUCUCACACAACCUGUCAAAAACAUGUUCAGGUUGCAUUUCAACUCCAAAAUCAUAAUUAAAAUUUUGGUUAAAGACCAUUUCUCCUAAUUGUCAUUACUGUAUCACAUAAAUAUUUUAAUUGUAAAUUGAAAAUAAUGUGGCUAUGCAAAAUAUUGUCAUAAUACUAAAGCAUGCUUAAUUUUCUUUUUGGUGUGUGUGUGUGUGUGUGUGUGUGUGUGUGUGUGUGUGUGUGUGUGUGUUUAAUAUAUAUAUUGAAAAGUAACCUGGACAUGUUUCCAUGAGAUUCACUUAAAAAAAAAAAAAAAAAGUUGAAAUCUACUCUAACAUUUACCAGCAGAUAACCAACAUGCUUGUGUCUAAAAACGGCAUGAAUCCCAUUUAAAAAUAACCUGUGAACCUGUGAUUUUAAAUGUUUUUCAUGGGUUGCUCCUCAUUAGCACUUCAGUGAUUUUUAACACACAGCUCAAGAUAUAAAAAUCUAUCUAUAUUUAUUCAGCUCGCAAGCUUUUUCAGAAAAACCAACGGAAGCCUUCUUGUCAUGUAGCAAUAUAUGGAGAGGGCUCAGAGACAACCCAAAGACAGAGAAACAUAACUGCCAAUCAGUGGGUGAGGAGUUUCUUGUUUUUUGCCCUAGGUGGAUGUUUCUGUCUAAAUAAUGGUGUAUUUCUAUUGUAGGACAGUGAUUAACCUAAAGUGAGAAGGGUGUGUGUGUGUGUGUGCACAUGUAUAUCAAUUGACAACUGUUCAUUUGAAGCUGCUACAUAUUGUGUCAACCCCUUGUAGACUGCCUUUUCAUAUAUUACAUUGCGUUGCACUGUAGGCAAACCAAUAUCUUUAAACCUUUAGGCCUGGUUUCACAGACGUGGCUUAGGUUAACUAGGACAUUAAAGUAUCUUUUAUAAAUGUGGCUUAGGAAAUCGCAUUAUUUGUGUCCAUCUUGAGACAAACAAUGGCACUGACAUAUUUUAAGAUUUGUCAGUGCAAGUUUAUUUUAGUUAAAACAGCUCAGACAUGCAUUUUAGUCUGGGACUAGGCUUAAGCCUUGUCUGUGAAACCAGGGGAUUGUGUCUUGUUAGAUUCUAAGAUCAGGGCUCUGUUCUACGUACCUUGCUUAAUACAUCUGAGAGGAUUUGAAAGAUUCCAGAUCUAGUUAUCGUGAUAACUGAUCUCUGCCAAAUUUGGUUCUUCAAUCGGAUUUGCGUAUUUAAUUCAAAUAUUCAGAUGAAGUCUCAGAUUAGUGUGUGUUCUCAUGUUCCCUGAAAAGGGCAGCUGUAUCGAUACUCUAAACCACUAUCAGCAAUGCAGCGACUGGCUGGCGGCAAGACAGCAACCUAAUGACAUUGUAGAAUAAAAAAAAACGUGACAUUUCUGUACCUUUAUAAGGAAACGGCCAAGUGAAUAAAAAUACAUUUAAUGGUAUAAUGGAUAAAUAAAAUGUGCAGUUUUUUUUUUUUUUUACGUGUUUCCCAAUUAUUUAUAUCCGUGAUUUCUGAUUUGUACAUGCUUAAAUUUUUUAUUUCAGUGUUGUAGUUAGCGAUUCACUUAAUUUCAUCUUUGAACCAGAUUUGUUAUGUGACCGUGUUAAUUAGAGUUUCUUAGGGUCUAGAUCGAGUUAUGGGCAUCUCCUCCGCUCCAUCAAGCCACUCCCAUAAAAGCUUUCAGCACUCAAAUUAAUGAACAGCUCGGAUUAACUGUACAGCAUGUGUGUAAUGACGUUGACAUACAGCCAAGUAUGGUGAGCCAUACUUGGAAUUUGUGCUUUGCAUUUUACUCAUCCAAAGUGCACACAAACAGAGCAGUGGGCAGCCAUUUACGCUGUGACGCCCCGGUGAGCAGUUGGGGGUUCGCUGCCUUGCUCAAGAGCAUCUCAGUCGUGGUAUUGAGGGUGGAGAGAGUGCUGUACAUUCACCUACAAUUCCUGCCGGCCUGAGACUUGAACUCUCAACCUUUGGAUUACAAGGUUGAAUCUCUAACCAUUAGGCCACAACUUCCCCUUAAAAGUGUAAGAUACCAAUACAAUUAUGAAGUCAUUAUCCCACCACAAAUACAUUUUUCAACAAGUAAACCUGCCUGUGUCUACAGUGUUACAGAUGAUGACUACACAUCAUCAUAAUUGUUUUUUGUAUUCAUUUUUUUUAUUAUUUUAAUUGUAAAUUACUUUCCGUGGAUCAGUUGGAUUUUAAGUAUCUGUUCUGUUUACAAAGAUGCGACCUAAUCCUGUUUACAUGAAAUAAGCCUGCUCCCGAGCAGGUUUUAAUUUAAAGACCUGUUGCUAUGACAGCAACUCCGGGAUGAGCUUUGAAGAACCAAACAAUUCAAGAUCAUGCCAAACCAUCAACAAUCAAAUCCAGCUAACUGAGUUAGCCAGGUACGAAGAACGGGCCCCAGGUGAUUGAAACAUUCUUUUAUUAGAAGCCACAAUAUUUAACAUUUUGUGUAAAUGAAUGUGUUCACUCUUGACUAAUAUAACAUAUAGUUCUGCCUUGGUGUCGUGUAGGAUUUUUAUUACAGCCACAAGGUGCAGUUUUGAAAUUUGAUUUGAGUUUUAAGGCAAAUGGUAGACUAUUUUUCUUUUUUUUUUUUCUACAGACUCCGUUUGAUUUAAAGGGAUUCUCAAUGAAUCUUCUAUUUACAUGCAAUAAGAGAUCUUAUUCUUAAACACUGAUGACUGGUGAAACUGUUUUUAUCAAAUGCUUUGAUUACCUUUGAUGGGUUUCUUUACUUCAACACAACGUAAAUGUCAAAUCUUGGGCAUAGUCAAGUGUCAAACGUAAAAAAUAUCCACAUAAUUUUAUGAUGGAAAUCACCUAGCAAGGUACACUCUUCAGUGUGUAUUUAUUCUGUUAAGCCCCGACUGCUUGAUAUCAGUGGGCAAUUUAAGGAAAAAUUAUAUUUGCCAAGGUAAAUGUUUAGGAUCUUCAGAACUGAAUGAGAGUGAGGAACUUGUUUACAAAUGGCUUUCAUAACUCGGCCGGCCAACUCUUUUUGGCAAGAUGAUCAUAACGCUGUUCUUUUAAGACACACUAAUGUAAGUGAUCAGUCACAUUCAUUGCAGCUUUACUGAAUGAUUCUACCAGUGUUUUCAUUUUAUACAGACUGUGAUCUGCAUUUUUUUGUUUAAUUAGAGCAUUGAUUAACACUGUAUUUUGAAUCAAUGUUUAAUUAAAUAAACAGUAGUUAUAUGCACCA